UGUGUUGUGGGUAAAACAGUCACUGAACCCGGAGGAACCAUGAAGGCAGACCUGCCUGGUCAGAUCUGUGGGUCCGUCUGCUGUGUCGUCCCUUUGUGAAUGAAAUCAUCGCAGAUCAAAUAUGAAGUUUUCUGUGAGAGCGAUGUGACAACAGCGGAACGAAAGUUAGCCGCCCUCCACCGCCGGAACUUCCCUAUGUGACACCAGGUGGAAGUAAGCAGGAAAAAGCGGAGGUAGCCUUAACUUUCCACGGGUGUUGGGGUCAAACGCCAGUAAAGUUUGAAGGUAACAGAGUGUAUAGUUGUGUGUGAGCUGUGGCAGUAACAAUGGCUUCAGUUCAGUAUCUGAGAGAGUUUAUCAACGAGCGACUAACUGCUGCUGCUGAACAAAUAUUCUUGGAGUUUGAAAAAACGAUCGUCCAGUACGAGGAAGAGAUCGACCGUCAGCGCAGACUGCUGGAUAUCACCUGGAAACCCCAAAUCAAGCUUCGGAGGAUAGACCUUCCACUGCGACUCCUCCGCAAAGAGGAGGAGGUUCUCCCUGAGCAGCAGCUCUGGAACCAGGAGAGGAGCUCCAGUGUGGACCAGGAGGAACCAGAACCUCCACAGAUUAAAGAGCAACAGGAGGAACUGUGCAGCAGUCAGGAGGGAGAGCAGCUGGAACUGGAGGAGGAGACUGAUACCUUUAUGGUGACUGCUACUUACAAGGAAAGCGACCUCAGUAACACCACUCACUCUGACUCCAGUGUGUUUGUUGGGACUGAAUCCAGAGAAGCAUUCAAAGUUUUAAAUAAUUCUACCCAGAUCAAGAAAGACAUCAACCAUCAGCCCAGAGAGCUGGAUGUCACCUCCAGUGCUGAGAAAGAUCUGCAUAGAACAGACCUCCCACAGCAGCAUGUCUAUAAGCAGGAGGGGGUUCUCCCUCAGCAGCAGCUCAGGAUCCAGGACAGGAGCUCCAGAUUGGACCAGGGAGAACCAGAACCUCCACUGCGCACAGAGGAACAGAACAAACUGUGCAGCAGUCAGGAGGGAGAGCAGCCCGUAGUGACAGAGACGAAAACUUCUACGGUGACUUCUGCUCACAGCAAAAGUGACCACAGUGAAUCAGAAGCAAACCGUGACCAGCUCCUCGCUCACAGCUCUGCUGCAGCUGAGAGCCGACAUCAGGAAGGAGGGAAGAAGAGAGAUUCAGACUCUGGAACUCCAGAGUCAAAACUUCAUGUAAAUAGAAGUCAGAGCAACAAUUCAGAAGAAUUCCCGCCAUCAGCGAGUCAGUGUAACACUGACACAGGUCGAAAAUCUCUCCAGUGUGACAUUUGUGGAAAGUCUUUUAAGAAAAAGUGUCAAAUAAAGGAGCAUUACAAAAUCCACACAGGUGAGAAACCAUUCACCUGUAAGACAUGUGAGAAAAGUUUUGCUCAGAAGAGCACUUUGCUGCGCCACAUGACUGUCCACACAGGAGAGAGGUUGUUUUCCUGCCACAUAUGUGGCAAAACUUUUAGGCAACGCGGGAAUCUGAUGAUCCACCUGAGAAUCCACACCGGUGAGAGGCCGUAUUCCUGCACAGUGUGUGAAAAGACUUUCAGUCAGAGUAGUCAUUUGUUGGGCCACAUGCGAAGCCACAGAGGAGAGAAGCCGUACCUGUGCGAGGACUGUGGGGAUUGUUUUUCCGAAUCAUCGUCACUUAAAUUACACAAAGUGAUCCACACAGGAGAGAGGCCUCAUUCUUGCCAGUUAUGUGAGAAAACGUUCAUUAAACGCAGUAACCUGCUGCGCCACAUGAGAACGCACACAGGAGAGAAACCAUAUGUUUGUGAGACCUGCGGGGAAAGAUUUACUCUGUCAACGUCGCUAAAAAGCCACAACGCAAUCCACACAGGAGAGAAGCCGUAUCACUGUAAAACCUGUGGGAAAAUGUUCCGCCAGAGUCAUCAUUUGUUGUUUCACAUGAAAACCCAUAAACAGACAUUUUAAGAACCACUGCCCUAAUGAAAACAUAAUGCAUCUUUUAGAAUAUGUUACAUGUUAGAUUCCUUUUCCUUUUGGAGAAAGCCAUGUUUAAAGUCUUCUUGCUGUGGUUGGUUGGAUGCACUGAGAACCUUUCUGACUGACCAGCAGGACUGAGUUCAUCCAUCCAUCUUCUGCUGCUGGGUUUGGGACAGUAGCCUGAGCAGAGAAGCUCAGACCUCCUUCAGGGGAACACUUAGGUAUUCCCAAGUCAGGCGAGAGGUGUAAUUGUUCUGGAUCUGCCUCGGGGCCGCAUCCUGUGAUUUUGUUCUUUCAUGUUUUGUUUUUUUUAUCCUAAUUUCUUGUUUUGGGAGAUUUCUUUGACACUCUGGAAGAGGACUUUGUAACUGUUCUAAUAGCAUUAUAUCAACCUCUCAGAGAUUCCAGUUAUUUGUAAGUUCAACACAUUUUCAGUGAUUUUCUACAGCAGCUUUUGGAUAAUUUUAUGACAUUUUAAAUUUAUAAUGGCGAUGUAAAUAUUAAUUUAAAUUCAAAUAUUUAUUUGUCACAUACACAGUCAUACACAGUAUGAUUGUUCUGUUAUCACUAAAAGUUGUAAAAUGUUGUAUCACUAAAAUAUCAUUCUCAGUCAGUUGUUAUUCAUUAUCUGUUUACAGCGCCCUCUGUGGUUGGUCCAAGUAAUGCACUUUAAAAACGGCUUUAUUUUGAAAAAACUUUAUUGAACAGGAAGUCCGCUCAGUCAAGCAAAGCAAGCGAGCAAGAAGAAGGGAAACAUAUCGCCACACAGUUUAUGGUGUCCUGUUGGAAAAAAUACUGUCCACAUCUUCUGUUUAUGGUUGUAUCGCCGGUAUGUACUUAAAGUAUAAGUUGCAACUUUGUUUUUGUGCAAUAUGUUGCCCGCUAAUGCAGUAUUUGGCUGUAAAGCUAGUCCUUUUGUUAAGCUAGUUACCCGUGAUUUUGGAGGUCGUCUGGGAUAGCAUCAGUAGUAGUUUAAAAAGUUUACAUAAUUAGACAUAUGCUAUGUAGUAGCAUUGUGGUAUAUAAAUGCAUAUUAUGCUGCACAUAUGUAUGUCACAUGACUGUAUUUUUUGUCUUGUUUUUAGUUUUACCCUUUUGAAUGUCAGUAAACCUGUUGGCAACGCUCAUCGGUCUUCAGAGUGGUGAUAUGAGAAAGGUGUUAACGCCCCUGCAUCAGACAUGCACCCAUAACGGCACAAUGAUAUGCAGUGAAAUGCUUACACAACUGCUCGUGACCUAAAGAAGAAAAAAAGAAAGACUAUGAAUAGGAUAAGAAAUAAAUAUGAAAAUUAAAAUUAAAAGGGUACAUUUGACUAGGAAGGAAUAAGAUAAAGUAUAAAAAUUAAGUUAAAAAUGAAAUAACUGUACAACAACAAAUUAGAAUUGAGGGUAAAUUUAACUGGGAAAGAAUAAGAUAAAAUAUAUAAAUUAAAGUUGAAAAUAAAAUAACUGUACAACAAAAUACACAAAUACACAAUAUAGAAAUAUAUAAGAAUGUAUGUAGAAAUAUAGAAUAAUAACAGCAGCUGUACAAGUAUUAAAUGGAAAUGAAGAAAUAUAAUGUCCAGGGUUGUGCAAUCCACAUUUGUAAGUGACUUAUGCAGUGCAAAUAUGCUUAAAGUGAUCAAGUGAUGAAGUGAUUCGAUUAGAUGACCACGCAUCUAAUCGAAUUUGUGUGAACAAUGUCCAGAAUGUCCAGUGUGUGUGUAAGAACCAUAUGUGUGGGUCAGUUCUAUGUGGUGGUGUGAUUGAGAGACCGUAUCGCCUGCGGGAAGAAGCUCCUCCUCAGUCUCUCUGUGUUAGUCUUCAGGGAGCGGAAUCGCUUUCCUGACCUCAACAGAGAGAACAGUCCGUUGUUGGGAUGGCUGAGGUCCUUCACGAUCUUCCUGGCCUUGGUCCAGCACCGCCUGCUGUAGA